CUUGAACGUUAAUGGACAUGUUGUAGAGCGCAGCGUCAUUUCUUUCGGUUCUGUCAGCGGAAAAGUGAAAAUAGAGUUGCAGAGCCUGCCCGAAAAACUGAAGAAAACCCCUCGAAGAAACCGCAGCUCUCAGCUAAAAAAGUUCACUGUAAUUCUGCCCAGUCACCGCAAAAAUCACCUCGCAUCAGAAAUAUUUUUGGCGACAACUCUAGAAACGCGGAAAUAUUCGUCAGAUUGUCAAAAGGAAAAAAAGUUAACAAAAACAACAACGCGAGUGCACGUGUGUGUGAGUUCGGUGCCGAAUAACAGUGUGUGUGUGCCGCCUGUCUGUGUGUGACAGAUAAAAAAAAUAAAGGAGAAAAAAGAAGUUGUCGAAAGUCGUGCAAGAAAAUCGAAGAAAAUAGUGCAAGCGCUGCAGGGAAAUUGUCCGGAAAAAUCGCAAAAUCCAUUGUUUUUUGCCGGCAACUUAAUGACGUCACGUCGUGCCGCCAGCAGCAACAACAACUCGCGUGCUUAGUCACACACACCAGUGCAGCAAGCAAACAAAAAAGGUUAAAAAUACAUUUCCAAUUCACCAUCUCGGCGCAAAAGUAAAACAGUAAACAAAUACAAGAAAAAACAGCAGCCGCUUUUCUCCCCCAACAACAAAAAUAACUUCAACUCCGCCAGCAACAACUACAACAACAACAAGUCAGCUGGACUACCGAAGAUAAUGUAAAAUCAGCUUACACCCAAGCAAAAGCAGUAAAAUAAAAUACAAAUUAACAGCUGCGUCUAUCUAUAGAUAUAAACACACACACAUCUAUAUAUUUGAAUAAGCGUUCGAUUUGAAUCAAAAUUAUAGCCCAAGCUAUCAGCUAUAUCCCCCAAAAGCUUUGUACUCCACAAAACGCUAACGAACAAAAUCGAUAAAAACCAGAAACCAACUGAAAUCAUACCACAUCUGCCAUAGAUCUAUGCUAUAUACAUAUAUAGGUGCUGAUCUGUGCUCUUGAAUUUAGUGUUUUUUGUGUGCGUGUCGCGAGAGGAGCAAAAAGAAAAAAACAAAAGAACACUUUCUCUAGUCGCUAGGCUAAACCAUAUAUAAACUCCAGCUAACCCAGAUCCGUAAUCAGCAACUAGCUAUAUAUCUAUACCCCAAACACGAUGGCCAACGUUGUCAAUAUGAACAGCCUGCUCAACGGCAAGGACUCUCGCUGGCUGCAACUGGAGGUCUGUCGCGAGUUCCAGCGCAACAAAUGCUCGCGCCAGGACACCGAGUGCAAGUUCGCCCAUCCCCCGGCCAACGUGGAGGUCCAGAACGGCAAGGUCACCGCCUGCUACGACAGCAUCAAGGCCACGCAACUCUUAGACAUGGACAACUUCAAGGUAAAUUACACGUUACACAGCGAACUCUAUCGCCAGAAAAUCCCAAAACUCUCGGCCUUUGGCCGCUGUAAUCGUGAUAAACCGCCGUGCAAAUACUUUCAUCCACCACAGCAUCUGAAGGAUCAGUUAUUGAUAAACGGACGCAAUCAUUUGGCACUCAAGAAUGCACUGAUGCAACAGAUGGGCAUCGCGCCCGGCCAGCCGGUCAUAUCGGGCCAAGUGCCAACCGUGGCCACAAACCCCUAUCUGACCGGCAUUCCGGCCAACUCGUACAGCCCGUACUACACAACGGGACACCUGGUGCCCACCUUGCUGGGCCCGGACCCCUCGGCCGUGGCCUCCCAGCUGGGACCCGUGGUGCCCCAGACAGUGCAGGUGGCCCAGCAGAAAAUACCACGUUCCGACAGAUUAGAGGUGUGCCGCGAAUUCCUGCGCGGCGCCUGCAAACGGGCGGAGUCCGAGUGCCGGUUCGCCCACCCGCAGGAGACCGUCGCCAGGCACGACGACGGCUCGAUAACGGUUUGCAUGGACGCCGUGAAGGGCAGGUGCGCACGCGACCCCUGCCGCUACUUCCAUCCCCCCCUGCACCUACAGGCACAAUUAAAAGCGGCCCAAACACGCGCCACCGCUGUCGCUGCUGCAGCUGCGACCUCACCCCUGACGGCACACCAUCACCAGCAACAACAACAAUUGCAACACCAGCUGAACAACAUCAACAACAACAACCACAGCACCGCUGGCGCAGCAGCCACCUCGACAACAGCAACAACAACCACAAACAACGCCGCUGCCGCCGCCGCCGCUGCUGCCGCCGCCGCUGCCGCCGCCGCCGUAAUGGGCCAUCAUACACUGGAAGUGGGCAAGAAGCGGGCGGCGGACACGACCGAUAUGUUUCCACUGAUGGAUGUUAAAACGGUUGGUUCAUUUUACUAUGAAAACUUCCAAUUCUCUGGCAUGGUUCCGUUCAAACGUCCAGCUGCCGAAAAGUCUGGCAUUCCAGUUUAUCAGCCCGGUGCGACCGCCUAUCAGCAGUUAAUGCAGCCCUAUGUGCCAGUCUCAUCGAAUCCGAAAAUACCCCUGAACGCUUCCUGUGUCAUCUACACGGAUGCCAGUGGCCAGUUACUGGACACCCUCCCGGUGUGCCAAGAUUUUAAUAGAUCUAUGUGCAGUCGGUUAAAUUGUAGAUUCGUUCAUUUAACUGAAGAUGACAAGGUCGAGGUGAUUGAUCAACGUGUUGCUGUCUGCCGCGAUCAUGCCAACAGCCAGUGCCGCCGCAAGCAGUGUAAAUACUACCACAUACCGAUUGUCCUGCCGCCGGCCAACAUCAUGGCGGCCAUGAUCACCAGUCCCAGUGAUCCGCAGCCCGCUGUUCCGGUGGCCACAACAACAGCCAGCCAGGCAGCAGCCGCCACACCAGUCUACAACGGCGCCAGCAACUUGAUCAUCAUCGAGCCGCAGCAGCAACACCAGCAGCAGCAACAGCAACAGCCGCAGCAGCAACAGUUCAGCUACCACAGCAACAGCAGCAAUAACAACUACUACCACAGCAACGCCAGCAAGCAGGCCAGCAACAUAUACCAACAGCAGCAGCAGCAUGCGCAGCAGCAACACGCGCAGCAGCAGCAACAUCUGCAGCAGCAACAGCAACAGCAACAGCCAACCCACAUCACCUACCACUGCAGCUCGCCCUACUCCCCCUCGUCGGCCUCCUCGUCGUCCUCCUGCUCGAUAGCCACCUCGCCCACCCUCUCCUCGGCCACCACGCUGUCCACCACCUCGACGGCCACGAUGCCCACUCCGCAGCAGCAGUACCAGCAGGGUCCGGCGGCCACGGCGACCUUCCUGAAGGCCCCCGCCUACUACACCGAUGCCACGCCCACCCUGGUGCUGAGCAGCGACUACAACUCCAACUGCAUCCCCAUCCAGGGCACGCCGUUCAUCUCGCUGCAGGCCGCCCCGCAGCAACAUCUGCUGAAGUACACCACCCAGGCGGCGCCGCCGCAGGGGCAGCAGCACGCCUUCAUGGGGCACCACCACUACCAGACGCAGAUGGGCCAGGUGGUGGCCACCACUGUGGCCGCCAUUCCGGCCACCACGAUCACAGUGGCGCCGGCCACAGUGGCGUCCCCUUCGACCUGCAUCUAGAAGAAGGGGUUUUGCCAGGGGCUUCUGCCAGGGGGGGCAGCUCUGUUCGUUUUCCCAGAAACGUAUGUUAAGUCAUAGGGGUGGGUUUCUUCCGAAAUCUCCAGAGGUUUGAAAACAAUAGUUAUGGGUCUCAAAAGUACGUAAUAUCCGAAUUUCAUAAUUCAAUAUCUGAACAGACAAAUGUCUUAAGAAAUUGUAUUUCCUAUUGAUGGGCAUUUUUAAUCACGUUUUUAAGUCUCCAGAGAUCCGAAAACAUUAUUUAUGGCCCUAAAAGUAUGCAACAUCCAAUUUCGAUUUUUCAAUAUCUGUGACCUUCAUUUUAAUUGACGUUUUCAAUUCUCCAGAGAUUUGAGAAACCCGCCUUAUAAGGUUUUUAUUAUUAAAAGUUUGUCACCCACUUUAUCCAUUGGAAUACUCGUUUUUGUCAACUCCACUUCACCUAGAUACUUAUAUUGCAUACUCCUCACAACCUAAGCAACACAAUACGUAUACCAAUCAUGAAUACUCCCGAAGCGAUGCUCCAAGAUAAAUUGGAGGAAAUCAAAAGCAAGCAGAACUUGUCUGAAAAAGGUCUAAGCUAGUAAAGAAAACUUCAAACAAUCACAUUCUACGAAACACAAACAUUGAGACACAAAGCAGUAAUGGAAGUUUUUGACGAAAAUUAAAGGUUGAUAUGAACUAUUUACAAAAAUAAGAACCGAAAGUACUAUUUGGGGGAGGAGAAAGGAAAACUCUACAGAACUUUUUCGUACGUAUAGCAAGACUUUAACGUGUAAGCAUCCCAUUUACACAUCAAGUGACACGCAUUAGAGGGAAAAUAUUGAGUGACGACUCUACAAUAUUACGAAACCAAAAUGAAAGAAGCAAAAAAGAGUGUUGUUAAAUGCAAAAAGAAACAAAAGAAAAUUAGCAAUUAAAAAUUGAACUUAAUAUUACAAGAGGAGGAAAUUGAUGGAAAGCGCAGUUGCAUUAAAAUUAGUUACAAACUAUUUUAAACUCUAGUGUUCCAUAUUUCAAUGCAAAUAAAAUACAAAUUAAAGUGAAUAAAGGUACAUAAAAGUGGAUAAACAUUUAGUGAGGAGUGUUAAUAUUAGCUAAGGUUAAGCCUGACAAACCGUUCUCCAUGGCAAAUAGUCAAAAUUAAUCAAAAACAGAAUCUACAUAGGCCAUAGUUAAGCAGCAAGAACAACUAAUAAUAAACACUUAACAAUAACAAUAAUAAUAACGAUAAAGAUGGGGAUGAAGAUGAAAAAGUACAGUCACGUCCUAUUUUUGCAACAACGAUUUACUACAAGCGAGAGGCAAACGAUACGGAGAUUUUAUUAAGCAGAACGCAGAGAUCAGAUACAGAUACAGAAAACAGAAAACAGAGUACAGAAACCAUAAUCCUUUUUUACAUUUUAUAAUAACGAUCAAGAUAAAUCAGCAAAACUACAGCAAGAGAAAUCAUAUUUUUUAUAUACAAAAAGGAAGCAUCAAAAACAUCACUGAUAAACAAAAUCGAGAUGAGGUAAACAACAAGAAAUUUAAUCAAAUCUAAAGGAAUAAGCAUUUUUGCAACAACAAACAAAGAGGAGACUUUUUUAAAGUGUAUAAUUAACUACUCAUUUAGCUGAAUUCUCUAGUAAAUGAAAAGUAACACGAGAACCUACACACAGCUCACACAGAAAUCGAAAUUGAACCGUACUAUAUCUUCCUAUGCAAACGAUUUGUAAGCACUAUAUAUGUAUAUAGAGACAUACCCACUAUAUGCGACUUUGCGAAUCCAAACUUAUUUCCGAUUCACUGUUCGUUUACAGUUGGCGCUGUUGUAAUUAAGAUUUGUGACUUGGUUUUUUAUACACUCAAGAACGUAUUUGGAACACAACACAGAAUAACAAUUACAAUAAAUUGCAGAAUGGAAACUACUUAUUAUAUACAAGAAGCAUACGUAUAUACACUAUAUGUAUAUAUACUACAUAUAUUUAUGUCUGUACACGUAUAAAUAUAUACAUUAACACAAAUAUAUUGAUUAUAUAUAUAUAUAUAUUUACUAAUGGCAACUAAACAUGAAAUGUGAUCUUUUAAAGAAACAAAAAGUAAAAGUAAAAGAAGAAAAAUAAUAAUUUAACGAGGGCAGAAUUGGAUAAAGGUAAAAUGGAAUUAAAGUGAAGCGAUUACUAGAGCCAUUGCAGCAGGAUAGUUAAACGUAAUAUUAAAUUGGUUCCAUCUCGAGGCAAGCGUAAGAAUAUCUCCAUUCAAUAACGAUAACACCAAUAAUACUCGACAUCUAGCUAAUAAUUGUUCAACAAUAACAGAUUUAUCUACAUAUACAUUUAAGGGCUGGCUAUAAUAUACGGAAAUUUGUUUUCUCAUCUACUAUCACCUACUAUCCAUACACCUGAGUUCCUCUUUCUCUCUAACACUCGGAUACUGACUCCAGCACCUUAACCUUAACCUUAACCACUCGUAGUAGUACUCAACUUCAGCUCUUCGCUCUCUUCGAAGCCUCCGCAAAUCUUACUCGACCACAAUGGAAGUCGUACUCCCGUACGUACUCUUUCCCGUACUCCAAAUAAGAAUGCCUAAUAAGUUUCCGUCCAUUAUAAUCAGACCUUAAAUCUAUGUGCAACGACAGCGAAAGGAAGUGGAACAGUUGUAAACGAAGAAAGUAAAAUUAACUAAGUAAAGUAAAGAUAAAAGAUAAAUUAUAAACACACAUACUCGUAGAUUCUCAAACUAAAAACUCGUCGACAUUUUAACAGUUACUAACAUUUAUUAUAAUAACGACAAAUGAGUAAUACAAUAAGCUGCGAAAUGGCAAAAAACCAAAAACAAUGAAGUUUUGUGUAAAAAAUAAACGUUCUUAAAAGAAAAAGAUUUAAAAAGUGAAAAAAAAAUACAAAACCAAUAAGUGGAAAUGAGAAAUCCUAGUUACUAAGCAAACUAACUACAAACGUAUAGACACUAUAGAAGAAUCAUUGUACCAUAUAAGGGAUUUCAGCGGAAUUUUGUUCUACUUGACAUCUCCUCUAGUAUGUGUAGACUGGCAUGUAAGUUGACUUGGCCGCGCAUGUAGAAUAGCACGAGUUUGUAAACUAGAAACGAAACUUUUAUUUGCCUUAACAUCAAACCAAUAUAUACACCAAUAUAUACAUUGAUUUCGAUGCGAUCCUUUCAACCUUUUGAAUAGUUUCGAAAACCAAUUUCACUUGACGCAUGUACAUGGCGCUCUAAAAACAAAACAGAAACAGAAACUAAAUAACGCCAGAAAAUAUUUCUGAAGCAAGGGGAAAAUGGAUUAAUGUAGUUAUGUGUAGAGUCUCCUUCAUUGUAAGUCAUAGUUAUUAUUGUUAAUUUUAAUUUAUAUUUACACAUAUAUAUUAGAUCAUUAUGAUUAUUAAUUGUGAAUAUGAUGUGAUGUGUUUAUUGAAAGUAAAAACAAAAACGAAACUAAAACAAAAAUACAAUUACUGAAUGUUGCAACGUAAAGAAAACUAAAUGUAUUGUAUCCCUCGGAGGAGAGUGAGGAAGGGGAACUACAAGAAACCUUAUCGAGAAUGUGAGGAAAAUCAAUUUUACCCUAAUUCAGAUCGUAAAUAAGAGUAAUGUUAAAUUACACUAUGAUACACGGCAUAUGUUUGUAUGUACUGUAAGUAGUUAUUCAUUUUUGUCAGGUGAUAUCAACGAAUUUUUCGAUAUGUUCUUCAAGCAGAGCCCACCUCUGCCCACCCCUACUAUCCCUAUCUAUAUCUCUAUAUUGUUUGUAAUUGCGUUAAGUUUCCCAUAUUAUUUCUUCGUCUUUUAUCGUUUUUUGUUUUGUGAUAUUCGCGAAAAGAGAAGAAGUUGACGGAAUAAUUGUUGUUCGUUGUUUAUUUUUUGUGUUCAUAUAUAUUUUUGUAGUUUGUUUUAUUUUUUAUAAAUAUACAUUGUAUUAAACAUAUAUUAAAUAUACAUUAAUGAACUAGAAUAUACAACUUAACUAUACACAUAUACAAAUAAAGAUGAAUUGGAAUAAUA